CAGAAAAGUCAACAUUAAAUUUUUGAUUUUAUUAAAAACUAUGGAAAUACCGUCUUAAAUUGAUUAAAAAGUAGUCAACCGUGUAUUUAAUAUUUCAGUAAUCAAAAGGAUAGUGAAAUAAUCGCGCAAAAACACCGAUAAAGUGAAAUAAAUCGAUUUUAAAAUGCCACCUAUCGAAAUGCAACAACAAAAUCCACAACAAGCUCCUCCACAAACUGCUAUGAUGCAAGAUGUCACCGGCGGUUCCAUUUCACUGUCAAUGCUCAUAGAUUUCAUCGUUCAAAGAACUUAUCAUGAUCUCACUAUUUUGGCUGAGCUGUUGCCGAGAAAAACGGAUAUGGAGCGGAAAAUUGAAAUCUACAAUUUCGCUGCUCGAACGCGACAACUGUUCAUCAGACUUCUUGCACUUGUUAAAUGGGCUAAUUCAGCUUCUAAAGUUGACAAAUCGACCCUUAUCAUGAGUUUCUUGGAGAAACAAUCAAUGUUAUUCAUCGAUACUGCAGAUUUGUUGACAAAAAUGGCUCGUGAAACGCUUGUUCAUGCACGAUUGCCGUCUUUCCAUAUUCCAGCUGCUGUUGAAGUCCUUACAACUGGAUCCUAUAAUCGACUGCCUUUGUGCAUCAAAGAAAAUCUCGUUAAACCAGACCCGAUUUUGCCACAAGAAGUAGACACGACUUUGGCAAGAUUGAAUCAAGUUAUUCAGCAUCGUCUUGUAACGGGAAAUUUGCUGCCACAACUCAAGAAAUUUAAAAUUGAGAAAGGUCGUGUGACAUUUAAUGUUCCAAAUGAGUUUUCUGUAUCACUAACAAUGAUGGGCGAUGCAAGUGACGUUCCUUGGCGUCUUUUAGAUAUUGACAUUUUAGUUGAAGACAAAGAAACUGGUGAUGGACGUCCAUUGGUCCAUAAUUUACAAGUAAAUUAUAUUCAUGAACUGAUUCAGAGACGUCUUGUUAAUAAUAAUCAGCAAAUGGCUUUAAGUGAAGUCUACAAUUGUCUCCACUAUUUCUGUCAAUCACUUCAAUUGGAAGUCCUUUAUACACAAACUUUGCGUUUAUGUCGCGAUCGAUUAGAUGAUAAUAUUCAUGUUGAUGAAUAUUCGCUUGGAAAUAAGUUGACUGUAUCAUAUUGGCGUGAAUUAUCAGGAAGUAAGGAAGGAAAUAAGUCUGAAAUGAGAUAUCGCAUAACUAUUCAGUCAGAUCCAUCAAAUCAUUUGGCUGUUUUUCACUUUCCAUCGACUUCUUUAGGAACAAAAGAUUGUGAACCAAAAGUUCGCGAAAAAACUGAAUUAGCAGUGAAAAUGUUGUCUAUGGAAAGACUUUUGGUCCACACAGUUUAUUUCCGAAGUGUUGCUCGAUUGACGGAUAUGCAAACUGAAUUUAAAUCAUUUAUGAAAGACGUUGAAAGUAAUUUACAAGGAACAACUGCAAUAUUGACAAUUCCUGUAUUAACUCCAUGCCUUCGUGCUGAACAAAUUCAUAUUACUGUGGAUACUCAUACAGGCCGAUAUCAUUGUCAUGUCCCAAAACAUCCAGAAUGCUCAAUUAUGAAUGACAUGCAAGCUGCACUUAAUGCAGAUCAUACAAAAUUGCCAGAUUUAGUAAAUGAACUUCGUUAUUGGCUUGUUAAGAGACGUUGUGAGAAAACUUUGCAGCAUUUGCCAGCAUCAGCAAAGGAACGAUUACCAAUUAUUACUUCUCCAGCACAUCCAGCAACAAAAAUUGGAAGACAUAAAAUGUUUAUUCAGUUACAUCGACAUUCUAAUGUCAUCCUUAUUGUUGGAUUUAAAUCGAAGGAAUCGAAUACUAAUGAAAUGGAAUAUACGUUCUAUUUGGUUUAUAUUAAGCACGUCCCUAUUAUGGAUACUAAUUCAGAUGAGCAAUUACUAGAUGGAGGAACUACAUCAAGCAGUGCACCAAGUCAAUCGAGUAGCGAUAUUCCGAAAAUGUUUUUAAGAGUUAUGACAAUGGUUGAAUUUGACACAUUUGUUGCUACUCAUGGAUCAGGCACGAAUGUAAUUAAAAAGAGUGAUGACGAUGAUAUUGGUUUGAAAAGAAAAUUGGGUGAUAGUUCAGGACCUCCGAUUAAACAAGCCAAAACAGUCUCUCCAGCUUAUUUCAUCCCAGAAUUGGCACAUGUUGUUGCUAUGUGUGAUGAAAAGCUUCCAUUAGUCGCAAUCGCACAAGAAUUGACGAAAAGAAAUAUUCCUCACAGUGGAUUACAGGAUGAGGCUCAUGCGUCAUCGUUAGUUUUGAAUUUAUUGACACUUCCAUCGCCAUUUGACAUAAAUAUUCAUACAACGUCACUUGAUAAAACAUCGCCAGAAAAGGACAAAACAGAAAAGAGUGAACCGCCAAAACAAAAUCAUUAUGAAAAGCAGCUGUUUCUUCAAUCAUUUGUCACUAAAUCAAUUUAUAAUGCAUUGAUGAAGCGACUUUUAUCAAUUUCGAUUAGAACGCAGGUUCACAAGACAAAUUUGCCUCGUCUUUGGCUCCUUGAAUUGAUAUUUUACAGCACACCAUUACAAACUGUUCAUUAUAAGGAACAAGGUCAGAGACGUGCAGUUUAUUUUCAAUAUGAAAUGCUACCUGUUGAAUGUGUCGGAAAAACAAUUGAUGCAAUGUUGAGUGAUUGGAUGAAAAUUGUUCUGUUAUAUGCAUUAAUUCAUGACUUUGCUGAACUUUAUAAUGCUGACAAAUAUAAUUUGAAGAAUAUUGUGACAAUCAAGUCUUAUAGCUAUACGAGUCUCGUGCUUCUUUAUGGAAUGCAGAAAGAAUAUUGUGUAAAUAUUGAAUGGUCCGAUGAGACAAAGCAAUUUCAAAUGAUUUUUACUGGAAGUAACUUGUAUGUUAAUCCACAUACAUUAUUAAAGGAUCAAUUACAAAGUCAUUUAAAUACUCAUCAUAAUUUAGCACAAAUUGUUCACAUUUUACACGAAAGUCACCAGCCAUUAUCAUCAAUUGGCAAAUUGCCUGUAAUUCCUCAACUUGGCAUCCCAAAUCCUAAAAUUCCUGUAUUAUCGUUCUGCAUAAUACCACAAUCACCGACAUUAUUGAGAAUUGCAUUCCAAGGAGUUUAUUGUUUGGAAAUUCGAUUAAGAGGUGGUGGCUUAGUUUCUAUUCGUGAUGGAGCUUAUAGUCGUUUUGAUCGUGUAAAUGUUGUUAUGGAAUUUAUUCCAACACAAGGUCUUAAAGGAUUCUUAUCGAAAUAUGUUGAUGAAAAUGCUGUUUAUCGUCGACGAUCACAAUCUGAGGAUGAUAAUCCACCAUCUCCAAUACCUCAAUUAGAUGAAACUUCACAAUGGGGAGGUGUUCGAGGGCCAGCAAGCCCUAGAAUAGAUUCUGGAUUAAGAUUUGCAGCUCCAGCAACACCCCCUUCAAAUUCUAAUCCUCAUACACCAGCCAGUCCACAUCCAACAUCUCAGCAUCAAAGUUCACAUCCAAAUUUUAACAUGACAUCCCCACCGACUCAUAUUCCACAUCCAUCGCCUGGAUUUAUGCCUCCUUCAUCUCCAUUAAAUCAACCAAGUCCAAUGACAAUGUCUCCUGGGCCAAACAUCUAUUUACAGGGACAUGCUGAUAGUCCAUUUGGAGCUCAAAUGUCACCAGCUGCUGCCUCAGCAUGGCCAGCAUCUCCAGGAAUGCCUCCUAGACCAUCACCACGUCCUGGACAAUCACCUGAUCAUAAAUCUUCGCAAAUAUCAGCACCACAUCAUUUAAGAGUUUUGCCUGCACGAAGUUGGGCUGGAGCAAUUCCAACACUUUUAACACAAGAAGCUUUUGAGAUUCUUUGCAAACCAUGUCCAUUAAAUGGAAUUCCGGGACCUGAUAUGAGCCCACUUGAAAGAUUUUUGGGAUGUGUGUUUAUGAAGAGACAAUUGCAACGAAUGGUUAAAGAGAGUAACUUUGCACAGUCGCCGACUGUUGAGCCUGGUGUAAUCUUGUUCCGUGUUGAAGGACUUCAAUGUCAAGUGUUCUCAAAUCCAGAUCACAUGCAGUCGCUGCACGUCAAAGUUUCGCAAGUUAUGAUGGGCCCACAAGACAUGAAACCACCAUAUCAAUGGAAUCAUGAUGAUUUACAGACAUUAGAGACAUACUUUGAACAAAAAGUUGCAUCGCCUCCUUAUCGUCAGUCAUCAAUGUAUGUCUUUAUUAAGUUCUUUGUAAUUCCACCUUAUGUUUUGAAGGAUAUAAUUCAAAUAUUGAGAUUGGACAUGAAGGCUGAACAAUGUAAAUCUAUGGGACUUCAUUAUACUGUGACACUUUCAUUAAGAGCCUCAUUCUCUGUGCUACCAAUUAUUCCUUUGGGUGCACCAGCUAUGGUUAAUACAAAGAAUAAGCUGUUAUUUUUCUUGGAACUAACUCGAAUAACUGAUCAACCAAAUAAUCAACAAAGUAUCGUAUUUCCAAUGAUUUACGAUAUGGUUGCACAUGUAUUACAGCUUGCUGAGAGAAGAGAUGUAAAUACACCGAUUAUUGUAAUGCAGGCAGUAAGCAUGCAAUUGAGGAAAUUUUAUGAGGAACGACAAGGAAUGAAUACAGGAGAACCGACUUUAUAUGCUGCUGUUUUAUAUUUAUUGGCAAAUUUGACUUUACCGAUGCAAGGACAGCCACAACAAAUGCAAGUUCCACCUCAUAUGAUGGGACCUAAUAUGCCUGGAAAUAUGCCUGCUAAUAUUCCUGGAAAUAUGCCUGGACAAUUUAUGCAGCCACAACAACAAAUUCCACAACAAAUGAAUCCUAUGGAUCAACAGCAUAAUCCAAUGCAACCAAAUCAAAUGAUGAAUCAAAUGGGUAAUUGAAUAAUAAUUAGAAGGCACGACUUUGAGGAUCGCGAAUAUUGAGAAGUUUUGAAUACUUACUUUUUAAUCACUUACAAUUUUAUGUAUUGUCACUUAAAGAUUUAAAUGUCUUACGAAUAAAUUUGAAUUAUUUAAAAUCUUAAUUGACUCUUUGAACUUUUUGAUGAUUGUUGUUCCUUCAUGUUGUUUUACAAUGUCAAAAUGUUAAGGACUC